UGAUAGGGAAUCCAGUAAGAAUUAUGGCCCCCUUGGCAUGUAAAUUGUUAAGCAAACAAUGAGGGCCCAUUCUGACACGGAUACUAGGGACAAUAAAUUGCUGAAUAGCUCAUUAAGGAUGGCGGAGGAGAAGUCAUCGCUAACAGAACCCAACAAUACGAUUGUCUACAAGGAGACAACAAAACCGAAGAAACCAAAGAGACGAGACAAAAGUGAUUUGGGACCGGAUUUUGUGGCCCCAGAUGGUGGUUGGGGAUGGGUGGUGUGUUUGGCAGCAGGUUUCAGCAAUUUCUCGUUAUUUCCGCCUCUGCAACAAUAUGGUCUGAUCUACAGGCAACGUAUGGCGUCCUUUGACUUUGAUGCCAAACAGACCACCACCAUUGUCAAUGCCGUUAUGGCCAUAUCGUCACUUGUUGGUCUAGUUAAUGGUGCCAUGUUCCGCAGAUUCACAUUCAGACAGGUCGCCUUGGCCGGCAGUCUUCUUGGAUUUGUGGGUAUCUUCCUUUCGGCUUUCAGCAGAACUUUUGUUCAGUAUUUGAUAAGCUUCUCCUGCAUUUAUGGCAUUGGUUUGGGCUUCUGCAUGGCUGCCAGUUCACUGGCUGUGAAUACAUAUUUCAAAAACAAACGGAGAAAGGCCACAGGAUUUUCAUGGACCAUUACAGGUCUGGGUCCGAUCAUUUUCCCACACAUUUCUACACUGCUACUGGGUUACUACGGAGCCCAAGGUUCGAUAUUAAUUUACUCGGCAAUCUCCUUGAAUGCCUUCCUGUGUGCCAUCACAUUCCAACCCGUGCUGUGGCAUUCACCCAAACCGGAGCAGGAUAAAUUACAAGAAGCCAAUGGCAAUACCAUACAAAAUGGUGCGAUUCCUUCGAAGGACCCUGCAGAUCAUUUUGAAUGCAAAUAUUGUCAGUACCAAAAGAAGGAGAAGCGAAGUAUUUUCUCCUCACAAUAUCUCUUCAAUGAUGACGAUCCAGAGAAACCGGGAUAUGAGAUCAUUGAACCUGGUACUCCAAUGAUGGCUCGUGCCAAUGAUGGCUGGUAUGGCUCAAAGCUGUCGUUGGCAGAGAAGAAAGGUGCCCGAUACAGAUCUACAAAGGGCCUCAAAUACAUAGACAGCUGUGAAGAGGGCAACGAACAGGAAGAUCAUCAAGAGAAUGCUCUCUACAAGCCGAACUAUUUCAAUCGAGAACGUGAAGAAUUGGAUCGUUAUGCAAGUAAAUUGAGUAUCUAUUCCAAACCUGGCACCGAAGGAUUCCAUUGCACAUGUGCCGAAGAGAAAACGUUAUUGCAAAAUAAAUCUGAAGCCGCAAAGAAACAGGAGGAGGCUUUAAGAGAAGCCCAGCUGGAAGAGGAGGAACGAAUCAAGAGCCGUAUGACAGUGUGGCAACGAAUUGUUACUUUCUUCGACUUGGAUCUGCUAAAGGACUUUACGUUUGUCAAUCUGACAGCUGGCAUGACAAUGAUGAUGUUCGGUGAAAUGAAUUUCUCAGUUCUAACGCCGUUCAUUCUGAACAGUUUCGGUUAUUCGGAUAAACAAAUCUCCUUGGCCAUGUCAUUGCUGGGUGGCAUGGACAUAGCUGUACGUUUCUUGGCACCCUUCGCUUUGGAAAAGGUCAAACUGGACAAUCGGGUGCUAUUUGCCUUCGGCAUCAUUUCGAUAUCUAUAGGGCGUCUUAUUGUCACACUAACGGAUUCGUACAACGUAGUCUUGGUGGUGUUCCUAUUAAUUGGAUUUGGCAAAGGGUUCCGUACGAUAUUUUCACCCUUAAUUAUACCCAGCUAUGUGCCGCUAAAUCGUUUGCCAGCUGCCUCGGGUAUACAAUUGAUAUUCAAUUCCAUAUUUUCCUUUGCUUUGGGCCCACUCUUAGGUCUAAUUACCGAUGCUUAUGGCUAUGCGGCGACAAUCCACUGCAUCAACAGCCUGACAUGUAUGGCUCUGCUGUUUUGGCUGCUCGAAUCCACGAUCAGAAAAGCCUUUUGCAAAAAGUCGCCCACGCCUGCAACUUAA